AGGUAGAGCCACAUCCCCAAACAGAAAAGCUUUCAGCCAUUGCGCGCCUCCCGGGGGUGCAGCCCGGCUCCUGGCUCAGCAGCGACGCACGGGCAAUUGAAUACAAAAAGGCCUGGCCUCCUGCGCCCUCCUUCCCACCCCCCUUCCUGCCCUGGGCGUGGAGCCCCGGCCGGGCCAGGUGUAGGCUGGGUGGUUGGUUACCGCCUUUCGCACCGGCGGCAGCGAGGAGGGGGGGUGGGCGCUCUUUCUUUUUCUCUUAGAAGAGGACUUUUUUUUUUUUUAAAGCACAGGUUUUCUCGUUCUCACUUCCAACCCUCCUCACCUCCUCCCGACCCCCCUUCUCCCCCUCCCCACCUAUCGUCAUGACGGCGUCUCCGGAUUACCUGGUGGUGCUUUUCGGGAUCACUGCUGGGGCCACCGGAGCCAAGUUGGGUUCGGAUGAGAAGGAGCUGAUUCUGCUGUUAUGGAAAGUCGUGGAUCUGGCUAACAAGAAGGUGGGACAGUUGCACGAAGUACUAGUUAGACCGGAUCAGUUGGAACUGACGGAGGAUUGUAAAGAAGAAACUAAAAUAGACGCCGAAAGCCUGUCCUCCGCGCCGCAGCUGGACCAAGCCCUCCGACAGUUUAACCAGUCAGUAAGCAAUGAACUGAAUAUUGGGGUAGGAACUUCCUUCUGUCUCUGUACUGAUGGACAACUUCAUGUCAGGCAAAUCCUGCAUCCCGAGGCUUCCAAGAAGAAUGUAUUACUACCUGAAUGCUUCUAUUCCUUCUUUGAUCUUCGAAAAGAAUUCAAGAAAUGUUGCCCUGGCUCACCUGAUAUUGAGAAACUGGACAUUGCAGCAAUGACAGAGUGUUUAAACUUUGAGAAGAAUAGUUCAGUCUCCCGAUAUGGAGCAUCGCAAGUUGAAGAUAUGGGAAAUAUAAUUUUAGCAAUGAUUUCAGAGCCUUAUAAUCACAGGUUUUCAGAUCCAGAGAGAGUAAACUACAAAUUUGAAAGUGGCACUUGCAGCAAGAUGGAACUUAUUGAUGAUAACACUGUAGUCAGGGCACGAGGUUUACCCUGGCAGUCUUCAGAUCAAGAUAUUGCAAGAUUCUUCAAAGGACUGAAUAUUGCCAAGGGAGGUGCAGCACUUUGUCUAAAUGCUCAGGGUCGAAGGAAUGGAGAGGCUCUGGUUAGGUUUGUGAGUGAGGAGCACAGAGACCUAGCACUGCAGAGGCACAAACAUCACAUGGGGACCCGGUACAUUGAGGUUUACAAAGCCACAGGUGAAGAUUUUCUUAAAAUUGCUGGUGGAACAUCCAAUGAGGUUGCCCAGUUUCUCUCCAAGGAAAAUCAAGUCAUUGUCCGGAUGAGAGGGCUCCCCUUCACAGCCACAGCUGAGGAAGUGGUGGCCUUCUUUGGUCAGCAUUGCCCCAUCACUGGAGGAAAGGAAGGCAUCCUUUUUGUCACCUACCCAGAUGGUAGGCCAACAGGCGAUGCUUUUGUGCUCUUUGCCUGUGAGGAAUAUGCGCAGAAUGCAUUGAGGAAGCACAAGGACUUGUUGGGUAAAAGAUACAUUGAGCUCUUCAGGAGCACCGCAGCUGAAGUUCAGCAGGUGCUGAAUCGAUUCUCCUCUGCCCCUCUCAUCCCACUUCCAACACCUCCCAUCAUUCCAGUACUACCUCAGCAAUUUGUGCACCCUACCAACAUUAGAGACUGUAUACGCCUUCGAGGUCUUCCCUAUGCGGCCACAAUAGAGGACAUCCUGGAGUUCCUGGGGGAGUUUGCUACAGAUAUUCGUACGCAUGGGGUUCACAUGGUAUUGAAUCAUCAGGGCCGCCCAUCAGGAGAUGCCUUUAUCCAGAUGAAGUCUGCGGACAGAGCAUUUAUGGCUGCGCAAAAGUGUCAUAAAAAAACCAUGAAGGACAGAUAUGUUGAAGUCUUUCAGUGUUCAGCUGAGGAGAUGAACUUUGUGUUAAUGGGGGGCACUUUAAAUCGAAAUGGCUUAUCCCCACCGCCAUGUAAGUUACCAUGCCUGUCUCCUCCCUCCUACACAUUCCCAGCUCCCGCAGCAGUGAUUCCAACAGAAGCUGCCAUUUAUCAGCCCUCUGUGCUUUUGAGUCCACGAGCGCUCCAGCCCUCCACAGCCUACUACCCAGCAGGCACUCAGCUCUUCAUGAACUACACAGCGUACUAUCCCAGUCCCCCAGGUUCGCCUAAUGGUCUUGGCUACUUCCCUACAGCUGCUAAUCUUAGCGGUGUUCCUCCGCAGCCUGGCACAGUGGUCAGAAUGCAGGGCCUGGCCUACAACACUGGAGUUAAGGAAAUUCUUAACUUCUUCCAAGGUUACCAGUAUGCAACCGAGGAUGGACUUGUACACACAAAUGACCAGGCCAGGACUCUACCCAAAGAAUGGGUUUGUAUUUAAGGGCCCCAGCAGUUAUACCAUCCUCAGAAAAGAAGUGUUUGAAAGAUGUGUGAUGAACCUAAAACCAUCAGACACAAGAAAACUUCUAACAAUUUUGGGGGAAGCUUGUCUACACUCAGGCUGCAGUAUUUCAGCAAUCUAUGAUUGGACAGUGGGCCUGGCUCAUUUUUGUGCCUUAUUUUUGAUGGAGUGAAAAAUUUGAGCCAGCAAAGCCAAAUCCUAAUAGCAGCAUCCCUGGCUUCUUGCUGAUUGCAGAUAGGCAUUUAAAUGUGAACUUGAGAUCAGAUGUCUCUGUUACUUCCAACUAAUGUGGCAUCAUAGAUGGUUCCUAAGCUUAAGUCUUUGAUUAAAAAUAGUCCACUAGUGUCUCUGCCAUUAAAUGUUAUGUAAGUUUUAUUCUUAUGUAUUCCCAAUCUGCUUUCCAUUUCUGUACAAUCAUACCCUUUUGCUAAGUAAUUGAAGCAUAAGGUCUUGGAAUAUUUAAAUCACAAACUUAAGAAAAGGAAUAAAACUAGUAUUUUCCCAA